AUGGCCAUCGAACAGACUGGCCAUCGUCCUCAUCAUGCUUUCAAGAUCUUGAUUGUCGGCUGCGGGUUAGGCGGAUUGACCUGCGCCAUCGCCUGCCUAAGAGAAGGCCUACAGGUAACAAUGGUGGAGCAAGCAAGUGAAUUAGGAGAGAUCGGAGCAGGUAUUCAAAUGCCACCUAACGCGGUGCGCGUGAUGGAUGAUUUCGGUUUAGUCGAGAAACUCGAAAAAGCCGGUGCCGUCAACAUUUCCGGCCAUUGUCUGCUCAAGUACAGUAAUGGAGACUCCAUCGCCACGCGUCCUGGCCACGUGUGGCAACGGAAACAUUUUGGACAAGCGUGGUAUGUGAUUCACCGUGCGGAUUACCACCGUGUCUUGCGCGAGGAAGCUACUAGACUGGGUGCGACAAUUCGUCUCGCGUCGGAAGUCAUUUCGGCCGACUCGAAGACUACCUCCGUGGUUCUCGCUUCCCAGGAGAGGUUGUAUGCGGAUAUCAUUAUUGGUGCCGAUGGACUGCGGUCGGUGGUUCGUAACGAGGUCCUUGGCUACCAUGUGGGCCCUAGUGACACGGGUGAUCUUGCCUAUCGAGCAACGUUUCCCAAAGAGCGGGUAGAGGCUCUUGAUGAGUCCUUGAUUGAGCCUUCGCUCCGGUGCUGGCUGGGACCUCAUCAGCAUGCGGUCUUGUAUCCGGUGCGCGGUGGCUCUACGUAUAACCUUGUUUUAGUAUGUCCUGAUGAUCUACCACCGGGCGUGGCCACGGAAGAGGGAAAUACGCAAGAGAUGCGAAAUUUAUUCAAAGGAUGGGAUCCAAGGCAAGGAUUGACAAAGAUGAUCGCACAAGUCGACAAUGCCCUCAAAUGGAAGAUCUGCCACAUGAAGGAGUUGGAUACCUGGUGCAGGGGAUCCAUUGCUCUUCUAGGAGAUGCAUGCCAUCCCACCCUACCCUACCAAGCCCAAGGUGCCGCAAUGGCCGUCGAAGACGGAGCUGCUCUAGGCGUCCUUCUAGGGAAACUCUCAAGAAGUGGUCUCCCUGCUUCCAAGGUUCCUGAUGUCCUGCAUUUAUACGAGCUCAUUCGCAAGCAGAGAACGACUAUCAAUGUCCAAGGCGCCGUCGCAAAUCAGAAACUAUACCAUAUGGUUGACGGACCCGAGGCGGAUGCCCGGGAUGAAGCCUUCCUUCACGUGGAUUGGGAGAAUCCCGAUCAUGAUUUUCAGUUUGGAUGGGGCCACGUGGGGUACCUCAAGCGAUUGAUGGCGUUCAAUGCGACUGUUGACGCAGGUCGGCAAUUCGAUGAGUGGGUAGCGGAGAUAGGACAGUGA